AUUGUCGUCUCGCUACUUUGUAGUUUUUCUUUAAUUUCUACAAGUAAUUCGUGUUAUUAAGAGCUUUUUUGUCAAUAAUUCAAAGGUCUAGUUUGUGUGUGUAUUGUUUCGGUGUUAUAUUCCAUAAUUUUCGUGUAAACAAGUGCAGUACUCGGUAACCAUGUAAAGUAAACGAAGGCCAUAAAUUAGUGUAAAACAAUGGGGUUUCUAUAGAUUGUUUAGUAUAAACAAAGUGUAAGGUGGUACGUUUCUGUGGAAGGAGAGAAUCAAAACUACCGAGAUGGCGGAGGGCAACUGGUCCCGUUUCACCGCGGCGGAGGGUGGCGCCCGGCUGGCGUCCGCGGCGCGCACGCGCAACACCAUAGCGGCCGAGCUGACGGCCUUCACGUCAACGCGACUGUUGCAUGAAGAGGCUCAUGAGAUCAGGGGACUUUAUUCAACCGGAAAGAAGCGUUCUGUCUUCGUAACUCGAGCGUCGCGAGUCCCUUGCGCGUCAUACGAACUGCGCAUACUGACCGACCUCGCAGUAGUCAGUGCCAGUGAUUAUGGAGACAUAGAGGAUUGGAGACAGGAGGUCGAGGAUAAAGAGGUGAUAGUGUGCACAUCCAGCGUCUUCCGUCAACUUCUAGAAGACGGUAUCCUCGCCAUGACCAGGGUAAACGUGCUGGUUGUGGACAGCUGUCAUCGUGUACACACAGACCCUGACUUACAAACGAUAAUGGACAUCUACAAAUCAAGUCCAUCUCAGCCGCGGGUGCUGGGCCUGACUUACCCUCUCUUCCCCGCGAGGAGGGUGGACCCCGAUGCAGGCACUCCUGAUGAGAAGGAGGAACCAAGUGCCAAACAAAUAGAGAACAAGCAAGAUUUCGGCGUUUGCGAAAACGUAGACGACUUCGAAAUGUACAGCAAACUGGAGUGGAACAUCCGAAGGCUGGAGGAAAGGCUCUGCAGCCAAAUGGAUCUGGCUGAAGACAUGGAUAACGGAAAACGGUUCACUGGCGCCCCCUGCAAGCCCAAAGAAUUGAUAAUCGAAUACUCAGUAACCCGCCCCGUCUGCCCCGACUAUGAGGAGUUGGACUCCUUCAUGAGACACGCCGUCGGCGAUGUCGCGGGCUUCUUGGAGGAGCACAGAUACGAUCCGACAGAGAUCUAUGGUGAAGAUCUUUACGAGGAGUUCAUAAACAUACCAAACCCAACGAUAGACCCUAAGCUGAUUUUCAAGCAGUUCUUUUACGUUUUGGACGAACUGGGACCAUACGGCGCCGACAAAGCGGCGUUUUCCUUACUAACCAAACUAGAGAAACUGAAAAUCAAAGUCCCGUACGAAAGACAUUUCCUCCUCCUCUGCCUAUGUACCACAGUUUUAGUCAAAAUCCGGUGCUACGCUGACCUAAUGUUCUCAAAAUACUCGGACCUAGAUAGAAUCACUACAUUUUCUACCCCAAAAGUACUGAGAUUCAUCGAAAUAUUAGCGCAGUUUGAAAGUAAUGACAAUGAAAAUGAUAAAAGUGAGGAUAAAGCUAUAACUGAGAAAGGUAAUGAUGAAAAGACAGAUGAAAAUAGCAAAACUGCCGAUGAAGUUAUAACAGAUAAAAAUCAAAUUAAUAAUGAAAAUCAAAAUGAUAGAACAGAUGAUAAUAAUGAAAAUAACAAAACUGCCAAUGAAGCUAUUACAGAUGAAACUCAAAUAAAGAAUGAAACACAAACUGAAACAGAUGUGAGUAAAGAUAAUAUUAAAGUAACAUUAAAUGGCUACAUAAAUAACGAAGAAGAAACAAAUGGCCAUAAAAAUCCAACGAAAAAAAUGUUAUACGAUAUAGAAAAAUGCGAUUUCGUAACACUAAGUAAUAAAAUAGAAGAUAAAGUUAACACUUACGAAGCAAACUUGAAAGAAAUACACGAUUUAAGUAUAGAUUUUAAUCAACUCGAUGUUAACAAAAAAGAUAAUACUAAAACAGACAUUAUAGAAGUUACAGAAGCUAAAUCUACUGAAAUACAACUUUCUAACCCUAAAAUAGAAGUCACAGAGGUGAAAACUGAACUAGAUCUAACAGAUCCAAGGUCUUUGUUAUUUCCAAGGCGUUUGCAUAGGAUCCGAGGCAGGGGAAGGGUUCAAAGGAACAUAGUACGGAACCAGCAGGCUCAAAUGAACCCUGAUGCGUUAUGUGGUAUCGUUUUUAUGAACGAGCCUAUAAUGGCGAAGAUAAUGUUCCUGGUGGUUGUGGACCUGUCCCGGUUCGAACCCCGUCUCUCCGGUGUGAGCGCGCAGUAUGUGGCGAGCGGCGGCGCGGCGGACACUGCCGAGUUGAGGAGGCAUGCGCGGGCGCGGGAGGAUGCCUUGAAAAAGUUCCGAAUGCACGACUGCAACCUGCUGCUGGCCACGUCAGCACUGGAGGAGGGCAUUGACCUCCCGCGCUGCAACCUCGUGCUGCGUUGGGACAUGCCAGCAUCUUAUCGCUCGCACGGGUUGUGCCGCGGCCGCGCCCGCGCGCCGCGCGCGUCGUGCGCGCUGCUGGCACGCGCGGGGCACGCACAAGAACUGCUGCAGCACGUAGCCGUUUAUAGAGAAUUGGACCAGAUCAUAAGUCGCAAAUGCGGCUGCGGAAUUCAGGACGAGCCUCCGCAGCAAGAAGAAGAUCAUGCAGACGCCUUCACUGCGCUCGUGAUUCCUUAUUCACCCUCUUCCAACUUAGACAAAGGAGAUAUAGUAACAGACAUGCCCAAUAAUGAUAAAGAUGAUGUUUAUACACCCUUAGCUAACUUAGAAAAAGAUGCUAAGAAUGAUGAAAACAAUGAUGAUGUUACUACCAAAGUUGAAGAUCUAAACAAAACAGAAGUAGCUAUUGAGAUACUAAGGAAAAUAACUGAUGAUAAAAGUAAUGAUGCAAAUGAGUUAAAAGAAAACAAUCUCAAGGAUAUUGUUGAAUCCAAAAUAAUUGAAGAUGAUAAUGAUAUUAAAAAUAACGAUGGAAACGAAUCAAAUGACAAUUCAAAAAACAGACCCAAAGAUAGUGUUGUAUCGAAUGAUAAUUGUAUUGAUAAUAAUAGUGAAAAUGUUGCAAAUUAUGAAGAAAAUAAACUCAAAGAAAAAUCAAAAGUAACUGAAGAUAAUAUUAAAGACAAUGAUGAGAAGGAAUCAAAUGCAAAAGAAAAGUCAGAUAGUGUUGAAACUAAAGUUAGUGAAAAUAGAACUAGAGAAACAAAUUUAGAGUGUAAUAAGUGUAAUAAGGUACGGACUAGUGUUGAUAAAGAGUGUUGUGAAGUCAAGAAAGAAGAUAUUGCAAGUGUGGACCUGAGUACUGCUAUUGCUUUGAUUAAUAGAUACUGCGGCAAACUACCCUCGGACACAUUCACCCGCCUCGCCCCGUCGUACCGAACAGAAAAAGUCAGUAUACGGACCCCUUCCGGAUUUCAAGACGCUUGGGUGUGCACCCUAAGGCUGCCACUCAACUGUCCUGUCAAAUACAACAUUGUGGGUCACCCGAUGCCUACAAGAGUGCUGGCCCGAAGAAUGGCGGCAUUGCAAGCUUGUCGCAUACUACACAAGUCUGGGGAACUCGACGAUAAUCUUAUGCCUAUAGGCAAGGAGAACUUCAAGGCGGGCGAGUUAGAAGCUUGUGCCGAGGCGGACGCGAGGCCUGGCACCACGAAGAGGCGGCAAUACUAUUACAAAAGAACUGCACGUGCCUUCACAAACUGCGAGCCCAUCGUGGAUACAACCGAUGAGCAGUUAGCGGAAGAGACAGACGGACACACAGAGACAAUUACAAGUAGUAACGUGCUAUACGCGAUAUCUUGCACCCUCUGGUGCGCACUACCCGAGCGAUACAACACUAGGGGAAGGAGGCUGCACGCCCCACAGCUAGCGAAGCAAGCGUGUGGCGUGCUCAUGAGAGUUCACCAGCCUGACAGAUUACAAAUUCCAUCGUUCCCGGUAUACACGCGUUCUGGCGAAGUGCGGGUAACUGUAGCCCCCGCCGCCAACGCCGAUACUAGACUCAGCCCGAGACGAAAACAACUCAUCACUAGGUUCAUGCGCUUCGUCUUCGCGGAUGUGCUGCGCGUGCGCCGCCGCGGCAUGACGCUCGAGCCGGAGUCUUGCACGCACAAUAACUACUACGUCGUGCCUACUGUUAAAGUAAACAACCCAGAUGGCAGCACCAAAGUGGAUAUCGACUGGAAGUUCCUGGAGCAAAUAUACCAGUACACGGAAGAGAAGGCCCACGCGGAGCUGGAGAAACCGGUGCUCUGGGCCGAAGAGGGGAAGAACGAGGAAAAACGGCCAGGGGGGGGCGAAGUAUGGGUGAAGAAGGGUGAUGAAGCUAAAUCAGAAAACCAGGAUAAGAGGAAAGUGAAGAAGAUGGAUAACCCCCUGCUGAAGCCGGGAGAAAUCUUCGUAUUCGACCCUGAGAAAUACAGGGAGGCGGUCGUCACACCCUGGUACCGGAAUCAGGACCAACCUCAGUUCUUCCUAGUGGCCGAAAUAUGUUCCAACCUGACCCCAGACUCGGAAUUCCCGUCGGACACACACACAAGCUUCCGUGACUACUACAAGAGCAAAUAUGGCGUCGCACUCACACAGUCAAACCAGCCGUUGCUAGACGUGGACCACACUAGCGCCCGGCUCAAUCUACUCACACCCAGAUACGUGAACCGUAAGGGCGUAGCUCUGCCCGUCUCCUCGGAGCGUACGCGGCGCGCCAAACGCGACCGUCUAGAUCAGAAGCAGAUAUUGGUACCGGAGCUAUGCACCGUGCACCCCUUCGCCGCGCCCCUGUGGUUCGCCACGGUAGCUCUACCCUGUGUACUUUAUAGAAUCAACGCCCUACUAAUAGCAGACGAGAUACGACGAAGCGUUGCGGCCGGGGUCGCUUUAGGGGUCCCAAGAGUGGGUCCAGGGUUCGAGUGGCCACCACUUGACUUCGGAUGGAGCCUGGCUGAGGUGCUAAGCGCGGACUCCGAGAAAAACGAUAAAAAGAAAGAAGCAGAAGAUGAAGUAAAAGAGGAACACGAGGAAUUGAAGAAGGAGAAAGAAGAAGAACAGAAGGAGACAGAAGAACCGAAGGAGAAGACCAUUAAUGAUAUUCUGCAGGAAAAGGAGGAUGCCGAGAGCGGUUUCGAGAUCGGCACAUGGGACAACGAUAUGGCGUCGUCUAUCCCGGAACCGCCGGAAUUCGACGAGUUUCUAGAACCGCUGCCUCCUAAUCUGACCUUCUGCACUUCCGCUUCCGGCGGUGCAAACUGGUGUGAUCCGGUUCAGAAGCCGAAGAGCCAGUUCAAUCCUUCUAGAACCUUCUCCAUGGCUGACAGCGAUUGCUCUUACAUGUCCAGUGACUUCGACACGGAUGAUUCGGACCUCAACUCUGAAGACAGCGAUGAUACUGACACCAGCGGGUUCUGUAGCAGUAAAAGCAAUGCGGCUAUGGGCGUCCGAAUAGAAUACAAGACCGCCCACGAGGCUGAGGCUGUGGACGUGGAGCGCCGCGCGUCGCACCCCGCGCCGCAACCUGACCCGCAAGAUGACGCCGCGGAUUUGACGCUUCACGCCCAAGCCAUGGGCGCUAGCGACGCCACUGACUUGACAAACGCCCGUGCUACCGAUAUCGAUACAGAGUGUCUACAACAGUUCCAAAAAUCAGUCGCCGAGCACGAACAAGAAUUCAUCCAGAAAGGCCUCCUCGUACCCCAAGACCAGCCAAUAACAGACAUCCUACCCGAACCGCUAAAAGAUUGCAAAAAACCCGAGCAAAUACCACCGAACGAAUUAACAACGAGAUUCGAACAACUAUUCCCUUAUAAAAACGAAUUUUUAAAUAUCGAACACGGAGUUUUAACUCUAGAGGCUAUUGAGAAAAAUAAAAGAAAAUUACUGGCUGAAUUUAAAAAUAGUUUGUCGGAAGAAGAAAUUAAAAAGUAUACUUGUUUCUCUAUGAUCGAUGUCGAUAUAGACUCGCCGGAGUAUAAGAAUGAGAAAGUUGCAAAUAUAGGGUUUGAUACUAUGGAGAGUUAUGUUGAGAAAGUGAAGGGGAUGGGUGAGAGGGAAUUUAGACCGUAUUAUGAGGACAGUAAGGGUAAUGGGAAGUUUGACUUCGAUUUUCAGCCGAAUUUGGAGGGACACCCGGGGCCCAGUCCUAGUGUCAUUUUACAGGCGCUUACGAUGUCAAACGCGAACGACGGAAUUAACCUUGAACGGCUGGAAACAAUCGGAGACAGUUUCCUAAAGUUCGCCAUAACAGCAUACUUGUACUGCGCGCACCCUACCGUGCAUGAAGGGAAACUCAGUCAUAUGAGGAGUAAACAGGUGUCAAACUUGAACCUGUACCGCCUGGGGCUGCGCAAGCGUCUCGGCGCGCGAAUGAUCGCGUCCAAGUUCGAACCCCACGACAACUGGCUGCCACCCUGCCACAAAGCUCCGCCGGCCGCCCACGCCCCUGUGGACUCCGAAGGAGGACAGGAGGCGCCCCCUGCCGGCUGUUUCAUCCCUUACAACCUCAUCACGCAACACAGCAUACCAGAUAAAUCAAUAGCGGACUGCGUGGAAGCCCUAAUAGGAGCGUACCUGCUGGAGUGCGGUCCCCGCGGGGCUCUGCUCUUCAUGGCGUGGCUCGGCAUACGGGUGCUGCCGCGACAUGACGUGCCCCUGCCGCACUGGCCGCGGGACUGCCAGAAGAAAAGGUCAGCCCGGAAGUCACGUCGGGAAUCAGAUUCCGAGUCAUCAGAUGAAGAUGAUGAUGAUCUUCCCAGACCGGUCGGCUCCCUGCCGCCUUACGAAGAAAACGGACAGUGGUUCCUGCCGAUGUUUGGUGCGCUGAAGGCGCCACCGUCGCCGUUGUUGCGUUACAUCGCCGACCCUGAAGGCGAGCUUGAGCAAAUGUUAUCCGGCUAUGACGCAUUGGAGCGGACGCUCCGCUACCGCUUCAGAGAUCGCUCUCUCCUCCUGCAGGCGUUAACGCACGCGUCGCACCAGAGGAACAGGCUGACAGACUGCUACCAGCGGCUCGAGUUCCUAGGAGACGCUAUUUUAGAUUAUUUAAUAACGCGGCACCUCUACGAAGACCCGCGCAGGCACUCGCCCGGAGCCCUGACCGAUCUCCGCUCCGCGCUUGUGAAUAACACCAUAUUCGCUACUCUCGCGGCCCGACACGGAUUCCACAAGUACUUCCGUCACAUGUCUCCCGGUCUCAACGAGGUGCUGACCCGCUACGUCAGAAUACAAGAAGAGAACGGCCACUCCAUCAGCGAGGAGCACUACCUGAUACACGAAGAUGAAUUAGAGCAGGCAGAGGACGUGGAGGUCCCUAAGGCCCUAGGAGACCUCUUUGAGUCCAUAGCGGGUGCCAUAUUUUUAGACUCCGGCAUGUCGCUAGCGGCGGUGUGGGGCUCCUACGAACAGUUAAUGGGUGCGGAGCUCGAAGCGUUCUCGGCCGCCGCGCCGAAGUCCCCCGUGAGGGAGCUUUUGGAAGCUGAACCCGACACCGCUAAAUUCGGCAAACCAGAGCGCCUGGCGGACGGCAGACGAGUCCGCGUCUGCGUGGAAGUGUUCGGGCGCGGCGCCUUCAAGGGCGUCGGCCGCAACUACAGGAUCGCCAAGGGCACGGCCGCCCGCUGCGCUCUGCGGCAUCUUAAGAGGCACAAGCAACACUGAAACUUUCACACUGCAACAUAUUCGCUUUAAAAAACAAUAUCUAAUUGUCAGACUUAUAUCAAAGACAUAUCGUCACUACUUUGAAAAAAUCUCGUAUCUCACGCUGCUUCUCAAAGUUAAAACGCAGUAAGUCUAUAUGCAUUCCAUACAUA